UAAAUCUAAUAAAUCUAGACUUCUGAUUUCUAUCUUGUCUGAAGAUCCUGAAGAGAAACAAAAAUAUAUCAUUAGGUUAGUGUUAAAGCAUUUUCCUUCUCUAUCUUUAAGCGAUAAUAGUGAAUGUGAUAAGUGA